GUUAGUCGUCAAUUCCAAACGUUAAGUCCCUCACGUGCUUCGCACAUGAGGGGUAUUUUUGUCAUUUUAUAUAAAAAAUCUAUUAGAACACCCCUAAACCCCGAUUCUCUCUAUUUUUCGAAUACGCCCUUUCUUCUUCUCCUUCAUUUCGUCUUCUUUGAAGUUUUGAUCAACCCUAAUGGAAAAAACCUGCAAGUGUGGUGAAGUUGGUGUGAUACGAAGAUCGACUACCAAGAAAAACCCUGGAAGACUUUUCUAUUGUUGUACUGGAAAGGGAGCAAAAUGUGGUUUCAUAGAUUGGGUUGAUGAGGACAACUUUAAUGGUGAAAAAACUGAAAAAAGUAUCUCCCCUGAUUUGCAGAAGUCAUUGGAUGAGCUUCAACAUGAGAAUAGGGCCUUGAGGCUGUUAUUAGUGUUCAGUUGGGUUUUUUUUGUGUCAAUUUUAAUUUACAAGCUUUAA